AUGGUUUUCCCUCUUUUGCAUGAGACGACGACCGAAGCCAGCCAGGAGGACCACAGAUGCCCGCCUGCUUGCGACCCUACCGGCAUAGACUGGUGGACCGAAAUCCCCAUCUCCAAAGACUCCAAUUCCCCAUCCUGCCUGGCGGUGCCUGUUGUUGGCGUCCCAUUCCUUGCACAGUCCCACUCGACCGCCAAGACUACCAACGGGAUGCACAACAAAGUUUUGGGCAGACACAAUACAAAAUAUUACAAAGCAGUCUUCCAAGCGAAGGAUCGCUUAACAGAUUUGCAUCCUACUGCUGCUCCGGCCCAUAAUCAGAAUUCGGUUGCACCAGCAUUGUUGGAUCUUCGAUCGCCCAUCGUUCCAUCCCAAUUGCAAUGCCCAUGGCCCAUUGCACUUAGGCUCCGCUCCACUUGCAAGUCAAAAGUGGCGCCCCAAAUCGGUAUGCCGCACCCCAAGCAAAAAGAUACUCCAUCAUUGAUCCCCUAG